AUGGCCAUGGCGUCUCCUCGGGCGGCCUCGACAAGCUUCGGAUGGCUUUCGGUGGCCCCCUCUCUGGCGGUGCCGGCGCUGGCACUGCUGGGUCUGGCUCUACUGCAUCGCCUCCCGCAGCACUCCGAGGCACAGGAGAGGCUGGAGCUCAUCUCGCUUUGGGAAGAGCACCUGGCUUAUGAAUUCGACCCGGCCAAGAAGAGCACCGCAGAGACCAUGCGAACCAUGACGCAUUCCUCGCCCCCAUCGGUGGCCCACCUCCCCACCCUCGUGGGCGGCUCGGGGCUCGAUUUGCUGUCCUACUUCUACGAGAACCAUUUCAUCUUCCAAAACCCUCCCAUGCAGCUGCUGCCGCUGAAGCGGACGGUGAGCGUGGCAGACGGAUCUCUUGUAGAUGAGAUGGUGUUGUCUCUGAACCACAGCUCCGAAGUAGACUGGCUGCUGCCGGGGGUGGCCCCGACCCACCGUCCCAUCCGUAUCCCCUUAGUGGCCAGUGUCACCUUUUCCAAGGAGGAGGGACGCUGGAAGCUCACGGCGGAGCGCAUCUACUGGGAUCAGGCCUCGGUUCUUCUGCAGGCGGGACUUCUGGAGCGCCGCAACCUGCCGGUGUCCGGGGUGGAGCAGGCCGAACUGGCCCUCGGACGCCAAGGAUACAACGAGAUGCUGAGGGAGGGUGGGGUGGGGGAGAGGUUUCGCCCGCCCAUGUCCGGCUAG